AUGGCUCUUUUGUGUUCUUGUGUUCUUGUGUUCUUGUGGGGGGGGGGGCGACCUCGCUUUGGCAUCCACACAGCGCUGACCAUCUGCGGGGUUGACUGCGUGCGGACGAUCGAGUACGUGUCGCCGAGCAAGCUGUUCUGCACGACUGGCGCUGGUCGCGGGGCUGGCUCUGUGAUUGUCACCACACGCAGCGGCGGCGCGGGCGUCUGCACGGUCAAGUUCACCUACGAGAGCGAGGAGGACGUUGCAUUGACCAACACGCUCGUCAAAGAGUUCCACGUCUGGGUCGAGGACCACAAGGACUACUGGGCCAGCCACAAGGACAUGACUGCAACAGACGACACAUUCACUGCCCUGUUCAACGCCACACGCUCGGCGCGCUUGGCGAUGGCUGGCGGCGGCGGCGGCGGAGCAAGCGGCAGCGAUGCAAACCAGCACCACGCUCAGGCGGGCAUGGGCGCGUCAGAGAUGGACAUGAUUGGCGCCAUCACGGGCGUCAUGCCGCUGAAUGCCGCCGAGAGCGCCGCGCCGGGGAGCGGGGGCGCGGGCGGAGGCGCUGAGAGCGAUCCAAUGGGCAUCAAGCCACUGCGCGCUCUGUCGCCGCAAGCACUGCCAUCGGCAGCCAAGUUUGACGCAGGCCUGUUCCUGAAUGAAGCGCAUGGGCAGACCGAAUUCGAAGAGCUGAAGGCGGGCAUUCCGCACUUGCACGAGCUCAUCGAGAUUCGCGGCGAAGCCCAAAACAAGUGGAUGAAGCACAACUUUGACGACUUUAUCCUGUGCCAGAAGGCGCUGGACGAUCUGCGAGGCGCCAUCAUCAAGUCGGAGAAGGCCGCCGACGGACCCAUCACCACAAGGUUUGACUCGAUCAUCAACGAGGCGUCGCACUAUGCGCACGAUGAAUUCUCGCCACUGCUCGACCGCAAAGACCGCUCCGACUCGAUUCGCAACGUGCUCAACGUGCUGCAUCGGCACAAGUUCUUGUUCAGCCUCCCGCGAAACAUGCAGGCAAACAUUCGCGCGGAAAACCUGGAGGUUGCCAUCCAGGACUACAAGCGCAUGAAGUCCUUGUUUGGCGACUCUGAAAUUGGCGUCUUCAACCAAGUGGUUGCCGAAGUCGAGCGCAUCAUGGGUGAGCUGCGGGCAACCUUGUUCAAGCGGCUGCAACGCCCGGCCGCGCUGGACGAGCAGGAGCGCUUGAUUCGGUACCUGAUUGAACUGGACGCCGAAGAGGAUCCUGUCUGGUACUGCUUGUCGCACAUCCGCGACUGGCUCAUCAACAUGAUGACACGCGCGCUCGACGAGCUCCAUCAGGCACAGCGCGAAGAGUACGAUCGCCGCAACCAAAUGCAGCGCGAGUGGGAUCAGCACAGGCAAGUUGGGCGCGUCGAUGGUGGCCAAUCCAGUCAGUCUGGAAGUAGUAGUAACAAGACCAAAAAGAGCGGGAAGGCCAAAGGAAAGGGUGCACCGACCGCAACGACGUCGCCAUCCCAAGAACAAUUUGCGCUCCGGGCCUCUCUGCCUGCCAGCUCUCCCGCCACGGUCAUUCAUUUCGUGCGCCAAGUGUGUGAGCUCAUCUCCUCCAACGUUCCUCAGAUGUGGUCCCUGGGUCAGCUCGCAGUUGCUGGACGCGUGAAGCGCCAGCAGCCACAGUCCACAUCCACAUCGGGGCGUACAUCCGCCUCCGCCGCCGGCACCACCAGCAGCAGCGGCGGGUCGACCUACCACGGCAAGGGCGAUCUCGCCGAUGUCAUCGGACAGGUUAUGCAAACGUUUAGCGCCUUCCUUCGCUUGGUGUUGGCUCCUUUGGCGCUCACGCUGGCUCCGACCUCGGAUGCAUCGAGCGUCCCCGCAUCUGCGACGAGCAGUGGUUUGCCGCAGUCGUCGCUUCUCGAAACCCUUCUGCGCGCGAGCAACACCAAAGCGCCGAGCCGCCCAGACGCUGAGCUGCAGUCCAUUCUCGCUGCCGCAGGCGUGGACGCAAUGCACAUCCAUCCCUCCGAGUCCAUUCACAACUCCAUGCUGUUUCUCGUUGAUCCCGCAGAGCUGGCGGAAGCUACCAUCGAAAUUGCCCGUUGCGUCAUGACGGUCGUUGUUUCCGGCAAUUCUCCUCAGCUUUCCUCCGUUUCCGCGGCUCUCACGAUGCUGCACGACUUGCGCGUGUGGUCGAUCGCGUCCAUUUCCCAUCACGUUUCAGUUGAAAUCGAAGCACUCGGCAGUCAAGAGGUCUGGCAAAUCCGACGAUCGCCUGGCAGCAAGUAUCCCACGACAACCGGUCUUCCGCGCGCGUUCGAAACCAUGAUCGUUUCAGCUCUCAAUCUCUUUGCCGCUGUUGUUGAGCCGAGUGGACUGGGUGUGCGUGUCCCGUCCGGUGGUGUGGGGCCGGCGCUGAGCCUGACCAGCUCCCUCAAAACCUUGCCCGGGACCAAUCAAGAGACAGCCCGUCAAACGGUCAUCCUUGCAAUCGCAGAAAAGGCCAUUUUGGAACUGUUGCAGCGGUUUGGGACGCUGCUGCAGACGCUGGCGUUCAUGAGCGAGCGCGAGGCUGCAGCACGGAGUGGACGGAGCCGACCUGUCAAGUUGCAAACGGGCCAAGUCGCUCUUGUGGGGCAUUUCGUGCUUCGCCCUCUCUCCAGCUCAUUGACGCAUCGCAGCGACGCAAAGCCCGUGACAGCUGGCACCGGCGAUGCUGCAACAGCCACCGAUGGCUCCACGCCCGCCGACCAGACUCUUGUUCAGCAUGCUGUCGAUGAUACCAUCGACUCGGACACUGAGUACGACGAUGAAACACCCAUGGCAUCGCGGUGGGGCAACAGCCGAACCACAGGAGCAGCCAAUGCUGAAAACCGCGGUCGCGCAUCGCUGACCGCAUCUCGCUCUUCGCUCCUGUCGUCGUUUGAGACCGAUCCGAAUCGGCCGCAGACUGAGCGUCGGCUCAUCCUGUCGCUAGCCAACUGUCUGUUCACUCGCGAAGUCCUGGUUCAUCGCUGCGCCACGCACUGGUCGCUCGUUUUGCAGCGCCGCAAUGUCCGUCCCGCCUCUCCCGAUCUUGCUCAGGUCGUCGAUACUGUCAAGCAUCAUCUGAGCGACGUGGAUGCCCGCGUGUUCGGCGCUUACAUGGAUCUCAAGGGCGAAACCACCAAGAGCUUGAUUCGUGCCGCCGCCGAUUUGAACGAUCGCGUGCUCCUACUUGCCCCGUUCAACAGCGUCACCAAGAACAUCAAAUCCACUGCGCCCUCGGCAGAAGCAUCGCAAAAGUCUUCGAGCAAGAAAAGCUCAGCCACCGUUCCGACCGGCGGCCUCGGCGACAGCAAUGCCACCGUGCCGUCCGAUGUGCGCGAGUAUGCGAAAGAGUUGCUCUACCUGCUCGUGUCGCUCCACGCUGACAUCUUUUCGCUGGCACCUUCGUUCCUCUCGCGCGUGCUUGGUGCUGCCAGCGAGACCAUCCUGGACGAGUUUGAUCGGCUGUUGCACAAGCCCUUGGAGGCGGCCGGAGCGUCUGGAAUUUCACGCGAGUCGGCCAUGCAGGCAUGGCUUGAAAUCCGGCUGCUUGAUCGCGCGCUAGGUCGAUUUUACAACAAGAAAGGCAAGGCAGUCCGCGACGGCUUGUUUGCCGCUUUUGACCGCUACUUUGCGACGCUGCACGCCAAAACAGCGCCAGUCGCGGGCAAGACCAGCAGCUCUCGGCCCCAGACGCUCAUGCACGCUGGUAGCUCCAACCCGGACGAUGGAGCCGCCGACGACGGUGGCAUUCAGGCGCGUCUUGACGUUGUCCUCAAAGUGAUUGAGAAGCAAAUGGCUUUGCAAAUUGAGUGUUUCCACUAGAGCCUUGCUUGUUUCUGUAGGAUCUUGUUUAUUGUUGGUUGUUUUUUGGUUUUCUUGCCUUUUUGUUUCAUUCUUUUGAAAAGAAUUCGUUCGUCGUGUUUGCAAUACAGCAGAAGAGUCU